AUGCCCCUGCAGCCCCCCCCCCUACACCCACGCCCAAACACUGCAGCAAACCCCACUUGCCCUCCCCUUUCUUUGCCGCUGCCCCUCCCCAGCCCAAACACGGGCACAAGAAUCCGAACUGGGCCCCCUGGGGGGGCCCCCUGGGGCCCCCAGGGCCCUGGGGGCCCCGGGGGCCCCGGGGGCCCCGGGGGCCCCGGGGGCCCCGGGGGCCCGGGGGGCCCCGGGGGCCCUUGGAGCUCCCAGGGGCCCCAGGGCCCCCAGGGGACUCAGGGCCCCUGGGGCCCCGAGGGCCCCCAAGGGGAGCAGGGGCCCCCGGGGGCCCCGGGGUUUCAGGGGCUCAAGGGGCCCCUGGGGCCCCUGGGGCCUCAGGGGGGCCCCCAGCAGCUGCAGCUGCCCUACGGUAUCAGCAGCAGCAGCAGCAGCAACGCGCAGAGGUGCCCCUCAGACAUGUCUGGAGGGCCGGAGACCCCUCAUCCGUGCAGCAGCAGCAGCAGCUGCUGCAGCAACAGCAGCAACAGCAGCAACAACCACCGGUUCUGCAGGAUAGAUGAAGGGCCCCCUUUGCUGCAGCAAAACUCUUACAGGGGAGCGACCCACCUGUCUUAUGACACUCAGGGCUUGCCUUUAUCGCAGCAGCAGCAGCAGCAGCAGCAGCAGCAGCAGCAGCAGCAGGGUCAGUUGCUGCAGCGGCAGCAGAUGCAGCAGAUGCAGCAGCAGCAGGACCAACAGCAGCAGCAGAUGCUCCUGAACGGCAGGCAGGAGCAGUUCAAUGAGCAGCAGCAGCAGCUGCAGCAGCAGCAGCACCAGCAGCUGCAGCAGCACCAGCAGCUGCAGCAGCACCAGCAGCUGCAGCAGCACCAGCAGCUGCAGCAGCACCAGCAGCUGCAGCAGCUGCAGCAGCUGCAGCAGCACCAGCAGGCCGAGCAACAACAGCAGCUGUAUCCGCAGCAGCACAACCCCUGCAAUCAACAGCCCUACAAUUACUACCCCCAGCAGCAGCAGCAGCAGCAGCAGCAGCAGCAGCAGCAGCAGCGUGCGGCUGGAAGCUCUUACGGGGGGAACUACCAGCUCAGUGAGAGAGAAGCAGCAGCAGCAUUUCAGAAGCGGCAGCAGCAGCACCACGCCCACAUAUGCGGCAGCGAGGACCUUGCUGCUGCUGGCAGCACAGAUGCUGUUCCAGCAGCAGCAGCAGCAGCAGCAGCAGGCACAGCAGCAGCAGCAGCAGCAGCUUGGCGCUCCCCAGACCAGGCGCCUGCCUACCUCUCCUCGCCGAGGGGCUCAGACUGCAGCAGCAGCAGCAGCGUCUACGGCAGCUGCUACAACAUGCCCAGAAGCAGCAGCAGCAGCAGCAGCAGCAGCAGCAGCAGCAGCAGCCGCUGCGGCCCCUUUCAGCCGCGAGAAGACCGCCGCAGCAGCCGCGCGAAGCUUUUGGACUCUUUGCGCAGCACAGGGGCAGUUUUGCCUGUGACGGAGAGCAGCAGCAGCAGCAGCAGCAGCGGCAGCAGCAGCAGCCCCCAGCAGCAGCAGCAGCAACAGCAGCAGCAGCAGCAGGAGCAGGAGGCUCCUUUUCCUCUCAGUCUUAUGGGCAAAAAAGCGGAACCCAGAAAGCACUACGUUGGGUCUGGGGGUUUGCUGCCAGGAGACUGUCAAUGGUUUAGCUCGGGGGCCCCCCGGGGGGCCCCCCAUGGGGGCCCCUGCGGCUGCAGCAGCUCUCGGCGGUCAGAUGAGGGCAGCUGCUGCAGCACGCCUCGUUCUGCGGCAGAUAAGUACAGAAGGCAGCAACAGCUUUCGAACCCGCAGUUCUCUGACCUCUUUGGCAGAGAAACGCCCAACCCCCGUGCUGCUGCUCCUGCUGCUCCUGCUGCUGCUGCUGCUGCUCCUGCUGCAGCUGCAGCAGAUGGAUGUCCAGACACUCAGCGCUCUCUGGCCUCCAAGACGGAUAUAACGGCUCAUGAACGGUUUCAAAGGGCCAUGAGGUCCGCCAUAGACAUGGGCACACUGCCGCCGCUGCCGACUUCGAGAGCUCGGCAGCAGCCUGCUGACGCCUCCUUUGCUGCGCAGCAGCGGCGCGAGCUGCUGCAGCUGACAGCAGCAGGAAAGGGGCAGCAGUUUCACCACCAGAGCAGAGUUUUUGCAGAGGGUGUUGCUGGCAGCAGCAGCAGCAGCAGCAGCCAGCAGCAGCAAGACGACGUGCAGCUCGUUACUCUCUCGCUUUCCGGGCUGCCGCGGUCAAUUCAAGAGCAGGACAUCUUCAGGAUAGUGCAGCGAGCCCACAGCAGCAGCAGCAGCAGCAGCAGCAGCAGCAGCAGCAGCGGUGCUGCAGCAGCAGCAUCGAAAUGUCCUUCUUUGAAAAUUUACGUCAGCGCUGACCCCAUUACCAAUGAGUGCACUGGCGCAGCAAAGGUUUCCUUCCGGCAUUCUGGCGGUCUGAGUCGCCUGGAGGAAAUAAUUGGCCGCCUCGGGGAGCACAACAUAAGGGCGCAAGUAGAAAGUCCCAAAAUGUAA